AUGCUCGUGACACUGCCGUUGCCGCCACAGAUCACGGUUGACUUACCCCACGAAAUGGUGCAUGGGUUUCAAGUGUUCGCAUUCUGGGCCUUUUCUAUUCUUCUGAUCGGCCCAUGGCUAUUCUGUAUUUACGGACUCACUACGAACUCACUGGGAAGGAAAAAGAGGAUAAAAAGAGUCCUUGAUGAUCGGACAGCCCCGAAGACUGUGGUGGUGAUGCCAGUAUACAAGGAGGACCCAGGUGUCUUGAUUAAAGCCAUCAACUCCGUGGUUGACUGCGACUAUCCUGCAAAUUGCAUCCAUGUUUUUCUUUCAUACGAUGGUGGCAAGGUGGACGAGCCGUAUCUCCGUGUUCUCGACCAUCUCGGCAUUCCGAUCACACUGGAGAGCUAUCCUCAGAGCAUUGACUGUAUUUACAAGGGUGCACGGAUCACGGUAUCUCGCUUCAAACAUGGCGGCAAAAGGAACUGUCAAAAGCAUACUUUCAAGCUUAUCGACAAGGUUUAUGCCGAGUAUCUGAAGAGACAUGACAAUCUGUUUGUCCUUUUUAUCGAUUCCGACUGCAUUCUUGAUCGAGUUUGCUUGCAGAACUUCAUGUAUGACAUGGAACUCAAGCCAGGCAGCAAGCGCAAUAUGCUUGCAAUGACAGGCAUCAUUACGUCGACGACGGAGAAAAACAGCCUACUGACGAUACUUCAGGACAUGGAAUACGUUCAUGGCCAGCUGUUUGAACGAUCCGUUGAGUCUGGCUGUGGUGCGGUGACUUGUCUCCCUGGUGCUUUGACUAUUUUACGCUUCUCAGCCUUCCGCAAGAUGGCCAAGUAUUACUUUUCUGACAAGGCUGAGCAAUGCGAGGAUCUCUUCGACUACGGAAAAUGUCAUCUUGGGGAAGACCGAUGGCUCACUCACCUGUUCAUGAUUGGCGCCACGGAACGCUAUCAAAUCCAGCUAUGUAUGAGCGCCUUCUGCAAGACCGAGGCCGUCCAGACCUUUAGUACCCUCUUGAAGCAACGCAGACGAUGGUUUUUAGGUUUCAUCACCAACGAGGUUUGCAUGAUCACUGAUGUCCGGCUCUGGGUGCGCUAUCCCCUUCUGUGUCUGGUUCGAUUCAUGCAAAACACGAUCCGAACGACCGCACUGCUCUUCUUCAUAAUGAUUAUUGCACUGAUUACAACCUCAAAGAAGGUGGAUGAUCUUCCUGUGGGAUUCAUGGGGGUCUCCCUGGGGUUAAAUUAUUUACUUAUGCUAUACUUUGGCCUACGUCUCCGACGCUAUAAAGCCUGGCUUUACCCAAUCAUGUUCAUUGUGAACCCGUUUUUCAACUGGAUUUACAUGGUCUAUGGUAUUUUCACAGCUGGUCAGCGAACUUGGGGUGGACCACGGGCCGAUGCUGCUACUGCCGAUGACCAUACCACACCGGGAGAAGCAGUUGAACGGGCAAAAGAGCAGGGCGAUGAGCUCAACGUGAACGUCGAUACGUUCCGCAACAGCCUUGUGCGCCGGAGAUCCGUCCCCGUCCGCCCAUCGGAGAAUGUGGAAGGUCGAUUUGCACCUGCCAAGCAGUUACUUGAUGGGUUUUAUGUCAACGCAGCCGGUCCUGGGCCCGCACUUGCACGCAUGGUCAACGCGAUGGGAAAACCCCAAAAUUCCCAGUACCAGUCACCUCCUCUCUUUCGCCAACCGAAUGACUCUGUGCCUACUAUAUCAUCGGAUUGCGGUUCUAGCUCGGUCGCCACGCCACAGAACGUGGAAACACUUCUGAUGAGUGAAGAAGACCAAAAGAAGCUCUAUUAUGCCCGCCAAGGCCGGGCUGCAGCGGGCUCGGUGACCUUCGAUGGCCACAAUUCGGAGAAUAGCUUUGAUGAUGGAGUCGCUCUUCGGCCUAUGGUUUCUGCAUCCGAGCACGAUGAUGACCUGGGACUCACCCCGCCACCAGGAGCAUACCACCCUGGGCGUUCUGAAAGCACUCCUCCGGUCUACACGGAGCCAGAACAUGUCGUGCCGAGCCACUUGGCGCCGAGCAGCUUUCAAACCCCGUGA